CGUCCCAAGCAAAGCAGGGAGUUUUUCUCUCCCGAAUGUUCCAGGUCGGCCUCGAGUUCCCUGCCCUUCGCACACAUCUUCAAUCCACAACCCCAGUGUUUGGUGUCUUUUCUGCAGAGUAUAAAGCAAAGAGGAAAGACCUGCCGCUACCGCACAGAACCGCCGUCAGAUCCCACAUCCACACUCCAAGCUUUCCUUUCGCCCGCUAUUUCUCUCUAUUCCAACUGCAACCUUCAGUCUUAUCAUUCUCAGGAUGAGCCGGCACCCAAUUUUGAAAUGGGCACAAAGAAGCGAUAAAGUAUAUCUCACUGUGGACUUAGCAGAUGCUAAAGAUGUCAAACUCGAGCUUGAACCUGAGGGAAAGUUUAUAUUAUCAGCCGUUAAAGAUGGGUCCGACUAUGUCGUAGAUCUUGAACUGUUCGACAAAGUCAAUGUUGAGGAGAGCAAAUAUGUCGUUGGCCCGAGAAACAUCGCAUAUAUCAUAGUCAAAGCUGAGAGUAACUGGUGGCCUAGGCUUAUUAAGCAAGAAGGAAAGACUCCUGCAUUCCUGAAAGUUGACUGGGAUAAAUGGGUCGACGAAGAUGAGGAAAAUGAUGUAGGAGGUGGUGCUCCUGGUGGCAUGAACUUUGAUGACAUGGAUUUCUCGAAAUUUGGCAUGGGAGGAGGCAUGCCGGGCAUGGGUGGCAGGGGAGGAAUGCCGGGCAUGGGAGGAAUGCCAGGCAUGGGUGGGAUGCCGGAUAUGGGAGAUUUCAACAUGCCAGAAGAUGACGAUGACGAUGAUGAUGAAGAAGAUGAAGUCAAGAAACCAGAAGCCAAGGAGGAAGAAGGAACCAGUAAAUCUGCUCCGGAGGAAGCCAAAGCUUGAUUUUCUUUGGAGAAAAACCAGCCUGCAGUGCAGUUAACUCGAGAUGGUUCUCCGAUCCCAUACCGUCGUGCCACCAAAUAUGAACAUUGCCAAGAUGUAGGCUCCGUUUUAUGAAUUUCUGUUUUCUCGGUUGGGGGGGGGGGGGGGGGGGGGGGGGGGGGGGGGGGACGAACAACUGUGGAUGGAUUGAUUUUCUUUGAUGGCAAAAAGGGCUCUCUUGUCGGUCAGUUUGGCUAAUAUGCGGGUCGGGUCGGGUCGAUGUGGCAAAAUGAAGAGAGAAGGCUGAUUGUUUUCGAAUGACAUAAAAAUGUAGUUCAGAGGGGGUUUAUCUUAGUUUACGGUUUAAGUAAUCAGAUCCUGCAUAACUUACUGUAUGAAGAUGAUAGUAUCCGCUUAUUUAUGUCGAUGCAGUGAGUGUUGCUUGAAGGAGCCUCAUCAACAAACCCAGACGGUUGUCAACAAGUUACUACAUCCAAGUGUACACUCAAAUUAAGCAACUAAACAUAGAUAAAAAAAUAUUCAACUC